AGAAAAAGAGAGAGAGAAAAUCUUUUAUAUUUGGAUCCUCAGAAUCUCAAGCUUUAACUUUUUUUUUUUGCUUAAUUUAAAGCAAAAGCUACAUACACUCUCUUUCCAACAAACUGUGCUAUAAAGUCAUCCACAGACUCUCACACUUCUUGCUCUGUGCGUUUCAACUGUUAUCAAUUUAUCACUUAUUUUACGUAAAACUAAGAAAGCUUGAGAGUCACCCAUUUCAGCUUAGAGCCUGAAGAACAGUUGUGAGGUGAAUUUUCCGGCGAAUGGCGACGGUCGGCGAGGUUUUCAGGCGGAGCUUGCCGGAGACUAUUGAUCAGGUUCGUGAUGAUUCAUCAUCAUCAUCGGAGUUGCAUGUUCUUGCUGUUGACGACAGCCUUGUGGACCGGAAAGUCAUUGAAAGGUUGCUAAAAAUCUCGUCUUGUAAAGUCACUGCUGUAGAGAGUGGAACAAGGGCUUUGCAGUAUCUGGGUUUGGAUGGAGAGAGAGCCUCGGUUGGUUUCAAUGGUUUGAAAGUUAAUCUCAUAAUGACCGAUUACUCAAUGCCAGGGAUGACCGGAUAUGAAUUGCUUAAGAAGAUUAAGGAAUCAUCAGUUUUUAGAGAGAUACCGGUGGUGGUCAUGUCAUCCGAGAAUAUCUUGACUCGUAUUGAUAGGUGUUUGGAGGAAGGGGCUGAGGACUUUCUACUGAAGCCAGUAAAAUUGGAUGAUGUGAAGCGCUUGAAAGAUUUCAUAAUGAAAGGGGAUGGGAAGGAUGGUGGAGAAACAAGAAUUCACAAGAGAAAACGGCAAGAUGAUUACGCUUCCUUAUCAUCACCAUCACCAUUUCCUGCUUGUGAUCCAUCAUCGCCUCUAAUGCCAUCAUCAUCACCAUCUGCGCGAUCAUCAAAGAGGGCCAAACUACGUAACAAAGAUUGAUUUAUUAUUCUUUGCAUUUGACUGGCAAUAUUUUUUUGUUGGCUCCCAUCCUUGGUGUUUUUGUUUGGCUGGAGAUGGUUUCACUCUUAUAUGUGAGAUUUUACACUGGCCUGCAUAAUUGCUGACGUGAGUAUGUAACUAGAACCAGAAAUAGAGAUAACGAGAUAGAAGAAUCACAAAUACUAGGAAAUAGUAUUCUUUUUGUUUCUCAUCCUCGCUUUGUUGGUGUAUAGUUGAAUUUCCUUAUAACGAGAUAGAAGAAUCACAAAUUAAUUCAAGGGGUUAUUUUGUGCAUCA